AUGGCAGGCUUAUUCACUUUCCUUCACAGAAAUUACAAGGCAUCUAAUCCGCCAAUUGUCCCCAAGUCAUCCGAUCCCAUUCGAUUUGGGAUACUGGGCGCCGCCAACAUUGGCCCAGAUGCCCUUUUUAUCCCAGCCCGUAGCCACCCCGAAGUUGUGAUUCAAGCGGUAGCCGCACGAGAUAAAGCAAAAGCAAAAGCAUACGCAGAUAAACAUGGUAUCCCAGUGGUACUAGACUCUUAUGAUGCCUUGAUUAAUGAUGCAUCCAUCGAUGUUGUUUAUAUUGCUCUACCAAAUGGCCUUCACUUUCAAUGGGCACUAGCUGCCCUGGAAAAAGGCAAACACGUACUGUUAGAAAAGCCUUCUGUAUCCAACGCAACAGAAGCAGAGCUACUCUUUCAUUCGCCUCUUUUGAGCAAACCUGGAGCGCCCGUCUUGCUCGACGCUGUGCAUUACAAUUUUCACCCAACAUGGCAAUACUUCAUGUCUCAAAUCAACCAAACCGACGUCGUUUAUGCUAGCCAUACUGUAUUGGUCCCUACAGGCAUCAUCAAACCGACUGACAUACGAUAUAACUAUGACUUAGCUGGCGGAGCAAUCAUGGAUUUAGGAUCCUAUGGAAUAUCAGCGCUGCGAGCAAUCUUCGCAGCAGAACCUGAAUCUUGCGUUGAGUGUACCGUGAAGCCAACAGUGCCGCCGGCAAGUGAACUUUGCGAUGCAGAAUACACAGCCAAGCUUCAAUUUCCCGGUGGUGCAAUUGGAGAGAUACGAGGAACGUACGAUGUGCCAUGGCUGAAGUUCAGGCUCCCGAAUCUCGAAGUUUUGCACCGACCAACAGAAGUUCCAGACGACUCUAUCGAACCCAACCAAGUGAAAAUACGGACGCGAAAGGUCGUGUUUUACGGGCACAUGUUUGCCACCAUAUAUAACCGCAUCGAUACGGAAGAUACAUUUGAAGUACGCAACAGAGAUGACCAACAGCCCAUUAAAAAAUGGACUGAAAAGAUUUCGAAAUCCGCUCAUUCAUUCCGCGAGAUCGGCAUGGAACAACCUGGUGAGACGUACUGGAAGUCUUACCGCUAUCAGCUGGAAGAAUUCGUCCAACGAAUCAAAGGGCGCAGUGGAAAUGGGAUAUGGGUUUCAGCGGACGAAAGUAUAGCACAGAUGAAGGCUAUCGAUAUGGUUUAUGCAAAAUCUGGCUUUGGCGUGCGACCAUCUCACGAGCGGCAGGUUUCAUAA